AUGUCUGGACAUUGUUGUGUUCCGGAAGAUAUAGUGGAGGAAAUCCUCCAUCGCUUACCGCCUAAAAGCAUUGGAAAAUGUAUGGCAGUAUGCAAAUCUUGGAACUUAUUGAUUAAAAGCCAUCGCUUCUCAUCCUCGUAUCAACCACGCUCACUCUCCACUCCUCUCUUCCUUGUCGAGCACUCACAUUAUCAGUAUUCUCUAUGCUCCCCCACAAAUAUCGAAUCCUCGUUUUCAAUUCCUAGAAGAGAUCUAUACACCUUUGUCGGCGCUGUCAACGGCCUCGUUUGCCUCACUUCCUAUUGGAAAAUGAAAUUCAUCCUCUUUAGCCCUCUGACACGGAGACACCUCCAACUCCCAAUCUCCCAAACAUUAUUGUGUAACUCAUGCGGAGAUUCCAAGAAGAAUGAUUUCAAUAUGCAUUUUGGUUUGCGGUAUGGAUUUGGGUUUGAUUCAAAGAAGAAUGAUUUCAAGGUUGUACAUAUUGGUCACACUGGCUGCUGCUUUAAGGUGGAGUUGUAUUCUCUCAACGAAGGUGCUUGGAGGGUUCUUAUUAAUACUCCAUUCGAACAAGAUUUAUUUCGUUCCGCGGAAAAGUGUUGUGGGGAACAAUUAUUUUUCCACGACAGUGUGCAUUGGCUUGCCUGCGAGACAAAUAUCUGCGAGGAUUUAAUGUCAGUUCAUAGUAACUUCCAUAUAGUGAUGUUCAAUGUGGUGGAGGAGAAGUUCAGCAAGAUGGAUCUUCCAGAAGUGUUGGCUUGGUCCUACAGGAAGUUGGACAUUACUGUGAUCGAUGGUUGCCUCUCGGUUGUAGAGUACCCUCAACAGCCUAGAGAUAAUACUAAUAUAUGGAUGAAGAGAGAGGAGUCAUGGAGCAAAAUUUACAGUCUUUCUUUAUCUAGGGGAAAUAUUAGAAAGCUAUUGGGACAGAGCAUGAGUUCUGAAGUUUUAGUACUGCUUUCAUGUGUUGAUAAUUCAUGUAGAAAAAUAAAGUCAUUGCAUUCAUAUGAUCUCAACAGCCAAGAGAUGAGCGAUCUUGGGGUCAAAAGUCGAUUCAUACAUUUACGUGCUUCUGACUUCACAUACAGCUUGUUUAUGCUUGAAAAAGAAAGCAAUGCUAUGUUUCUGUGUGGGAAAAAGAUGGUGAAUCAUCAGGCGUAG